CAGGACUGAGGCGGCUUCCGUAGCAGAGCGAGUAGUUGGAGUGACGCAGGAGCGCCGAACGGGCAGAUCACUUCUACAGUCAAGAUGGCGACAUCGGAGCCGAAAACAACUGAAACUGAAGAUCAACAGACUGACGGUCAGGUUGUUGCGAAUCCUGAGCAGUAUAUCAAACACCCUUUGCAAAACAGAUGGGCCCUGUGGUAUUUCAAAAACGACAAGAGCAAAAGCUGGACAGAGAACUUGCGUCUCAUUUCUAAAUUUGACACAGUGGAAGAUUUUUGGGCAUUAUACAACCACAUACAGCAGCCAAGUAAACUCGGCUUUGGCUGCGAUUACUGCUUAUUCAAGGAUGGGAUCAAGCCCAUGUGGGAGGACGACAGGAACAAGCUGGGGGGUCGAUGGCUGAUGACUCUCAACAAACAACAGAGGCACAAUGACCUCGAUCGCUACUGGAUGGAAACGCUGUUGUGUUUAGUCGGUGAGUCAUUUGAUGAGGCAAGUGAAGACGUCUGCGGAGCUGUGGUCAACGUCAGACCUAAAGGUGACAAAAUAUCCAUCUGGACGAGCAACUGCCAAAACAGGGACGCCAUCAUGACGAUAGGGCAACUUUACAAAGAGCGGCUCAACCUCCCCAUGAAAGCCAUGAUUGGCUACCAGUCGCACGACGACACGUCCAGUAAGAGCGGCUCCACCACCAAGAACAUGUACUCCGUUUGAAAAAGCUCUUCAUUUCAAUUUGCUGUAGAUUUAAACAAUUGCCGAUCUGCAUCAUCACAUUAAUUUUUGAGUUGUCAACUACUGUAGUGUCCUUUCCUUUUAUUGCUAAGAGAGUUGUUCAUAGCGUGUACAGCUGGAGCUUCUCCCAAUUCAAGAUGUCAGCGGAGCGGUUGUUUAAAGAAAAAAAAAAAAAAUGGGGAGGAAGGGUAUCCGGCUUGAGAUGUUGU